GAGGAAAUGAAGGAGUGUUUCUUCACCAAGAGUCCAGACCACAAAGAUGUCAUCUAUAAACCUACACCAGGCCAGGGCAAGCAGCUGUUGGGUCUUCAGGAAAGCCUCCUCCAUGCGGCCCAUGAAGUGGUUGGCAUAGGACGGAGCCAUCCUAGUUCCCAUGGCUGUUCCCCUGAUUUGUUUGUAGGUCUGGCCUUCAAAAGUGAAGUAAUUAUGGGUGAGGAUGAGGUUGGUAAGUGUGAUAAGGAACGAGGUUUUUGGAAGAUCUUCGGGUGGGCGUUGGGAGAGGUAGUGCUCAAGGGCAGAGAGACCAUGGGUAUGUGGGAUGUUUGUGUAAAGGAAUGUAGCAUCUAUGGUGACAAGAAAGGUUUCAGGUGGGAGAGGAGUGGGAAUGGAUUUGAGGUGUUCUAGGAAGUGGUAUGUGUCUUUGAUGUAGGAUGGGAGUCUGCGGGUGAUAGGUUGGAGGUGUUGGUCUACCAGAGCUAAGAUACGUUCUGUUGGAGCUUUGAAGCUUGCUACAAUGAGACGGUCAGGAUGGUUCUCUUUGUGGAUUUUGGGUAACAGGUAAAAGGUAGGGGUACGUGGCUCAGGUGGAGUGAGUAAGUCUAUGGAAGCCAUUGUGAGGCCUUGUGAGGGACCUUGGAUUUUGAGGAAUUUCUGCAGCUCAGUCUGGAUGGAGGGAAUGGGA